AUGGUUCACCCGGACAUGAUUGAUGCUUUUGCUUCCUUCAAGUUCAACUCGCCACCCUCGACAUCGUCCAGUCACGCGCUGAUCUCUCUUCAGGAGUCUCCCUCGAGUCCCACCAGCGCAGGCCAAGCAGAGACUGGCUCGGAUCCGUCUCAAAGUCAAGGCGAGUUCAUCAAAACGGCGCUCAGAGUCAGAGGUCGACUCUUACGCUCGGUUCCUGAGGCGCAGUGCGAUGGCAAGCUACCCUGCGAGCGCUGUCUCAACUCGUUCCGAAGCGAACCCUGCGCAUACGGCAUCCCUCGAAAGAAGUCAGGCUCGCUUUUUCUCAUCGAACAGACUAGCCCUGAUCAUCCUGCCGAGGACAGAGGACCACCCAGGCGGAUCAAGCUCAACACCAUCAGACACGCUAUGGACGCAAGUAUGGGCAUGCACGAUACGUCAGAGGGAGCGCUUGCUUCUGCUUCACCCGAUGGUGCUCCCUUUGACGACACGGUGACGGCAAGCUACUUUGGAUCGACUUCCAUGCUCGUCGAGACCCUGCUCGGCCCCCGUCGCAAGAGCAUCACCACCGACGAUGACGCAUCGGGUCCACCUGUGAUGAUCCCGCAACCCCAGUGGCGACAAAACGAGGCAUUCAGACCGACACCGCCAGUCCGCCUGAUUCCCCUCCCACCCGGAUUCUGGCGUGCCAUGCUCAGCAAGUUCUCAGUGACUGCCCAUCUCAUCUGUCCCAUCUUUGACCGUGGUUUCUUCGACCGUGCAUCGACAGACAGCUCCUUCAUCACACCCGAAGUACUCGCUGCCAUCGGUGCACGCACGCUCGUGAUGCUCGAUUCGGCCAGCAUCGAGAAGAUCCUCGCUGCGCACGGACACGACGGCCAAAUCGACUCGUCAUCGCUCGAGUCCCACUUUGAAGAGGUCGCGCUGGCUCACGUGCAGAAUUUUGGCGGAGGGGCAUCACUCUCGAAGCUCCAAGCAGCCAUUAUCAUGUGUCAGCAUGCUAUUGCCCGUGGGAGGAGCUCGCAAGGCUACCAGCUCAUUGCCUCCGCUGUGGCAAUGGCACUCGAGCUCGGUCUCAAUCAGCGUUGCAGCCUUCGUGGCGAUCCUCUCGUCGAGGUCAAGCGUCGUACUUUCUGGCAGAUCUUCGUGGUCGAUAAAGUCAUCGCUGCUUAUCUCGGCCGUCCCGCGCUCUUGCAUCGUUCGGACGUCGAUCAAGCUCUCCCCCGAGAGGACUGCGUCGACGAGGUGGAGGAUCGCGUCGAUGCCUCGUACGGCUGGUCGUCCUCCUUCUUGCUCGGUCGUCGCCUCUACGUCAGAAGCACCUACAAUGCCCUCAUCCGACUCUUUUGCAUCAUUGACGACAUUCUCGUCAUGAUCUACUCGCCCGCCGCCCGCGCAAGACUCUUUGUGCCUGCUUUCAGACGUGACUCGAUCGCCACGCUGCACGAUGCUCUUGAGAAAUGGGCAACAGGAUUGCCGGCUCAUAUGCUCGCUGUCGGCCCAAACGGAGAGACGAUGAUCCACUUGCCGCAUGUCAAUCUUUGCUUUUUGUGGUACCAUCUAUCUCGCAUCUUGCUCUAUCGCAUGUUUGUGCCUGUACCGGACCCUGGACUCGACGAUCCGCUACGCAUUUGCGACGAUGCAGCGUGCGCAAUCAGUGCCAUUGUACGCAACAUGUUGCGCAGCUCAGCCACGAUACAAUCGAGCAUGGUCACCUACGCUACCUUCUGUGCGGGCGCUGUUCAUGCGUCCCACUUUAACGAUGGUUCUGCUCAGCAUCGGAUGCUCUACCAAGAGAGUCUCGAUUGCCUUGCCAUAUUCGCCCAGGAAUGGGCACCUGCAGUAUCUCAAUGGCAGUUCCUUAGCCAAAUGGCCAGUCAUCCCCCGCCGCGCUCUCCUUACCCUCACAGUAGAGAUCAUACGCCACCCUCAGAGGGCGUGUGGCAAUGCGGCGAUGCUCAAGAAUACCUGGCAAGCGGGAAUGACGCCGGACUGUUUUCAAACUGGCCAUUCGGUCCUGACGGUCAUCCGCACUAGCUAAGGAAGACGAGAAUUCUGUAUCAUGUAACGACAAAGGAUGUUCAUAGGAGUCAAUGCAUUGCCAAAGGUGGUACAGGCUGGGCAAGCGACUGGGCGCUGCUCCGGCCCUUCGGCGAUGCCUGAACCUUGGCCAUAAACUGGACUGCAGGCUCUUGCAGCUUAUCUGGUCGGGUGUCAGCAUCGUUUGCGAGCAGUUCCAUGGCAGCUUUGGUGAUCUGCUGUCGCUUCUCAUCGCUUUGUGUAACGCUUGCAAGUGAGAGCAGCAAGAGAUGCACGUUGGGCAGAGUAUU